GCUUCAGACCAGCCUCGUUUCACUCCAGAAACCGAUAUUUUAGUGGCCCGGCUUGUUGCCACCUGCCAGCAAGAUGCCGACCUUCUUGGCCUUUGCUCUCGCCUACUUCGUCGAGAUUUGGCUGCCAGCCAGGCUACAUUGGCUGCCGUCGCUGGGUGGCGCGCAUUGGCCCCUUUGAGGCUAGUUUGCCUCCUCUGCCAACGUUUGCUGGCCGAAAAGCCUCCAUUCAAGAUUAAUCUCACUGAGUUAACUGACCAUCAUAUUAAGUCAGCAGAUUAUUCCAUGCUAGUUCCUGAUCGACCGAUUCAAUCCUUGGCUGGAACAAAGACCCCAAGAAGUUCACGACUUCAGCAGGCAGUAUCACGAUCCUUAGCAAAAUUACACAGGCCAGAUGACUUCAUGACACAUUUGCCUCUUCAAGCAGGACAAGAUACAUCUGAACUUGUGACUGAAUUCGCUGUAUCGACUGUUAUUUUUCGAUGUUCGCAUGCUUUUCAUCUGACCUGUCUAACACGAGAGCCCACUCUUUCUCCUAAUUUAACCGCGACGUUGACUUGGUCUAACUCCCUUGAUAAGUCCAAUGAAGAGCCAGCUUCCACAACUAAACAUCUUACUCUCAACUCCGAUUCACAACGUCAUUUCCGUCCUGCUUGUCCGUUUUGUGGUGUCCCGAAUCCACAGGGAUCCGAAACUGAACUCUUCAUUGCAAGUGUUAAUAAUAAUCGCGGCGCGCUAGAUACUGCAAUUGCUCAAGAUCCUCUCGAUUAG